UUUGACAAAGCGCGACGGCUACUGCAACAGGUGGGGCACGGCCACUGUUUUGUCCCUGUCGGGCUGCCGUCGUUGCAGAACUUACCUUCGGAAACAACACAGAAAUACCACAGAUUCAACUUCUACUCUGACUGCGCUGCACGGAUUGGAAGUGUAAACAAUGUCUGAUUGCUGUUGGUGGUUUUUGCUGUGACUUUUACACACACAUUUGUUCUGCCUAAAGCCUCAAUUUUAGUCUCCCACCAGACAGUUGGAAACCACAUGGAUGAAGAAGCACCGAAAGAACAGCAUCAUAUUAAUGUCGGAAGAUUCACCUUUUUCCCUUUAAACUAAAAUAUCAUAUGGAGUAAAAAGAAGGACCAGAACUUUGAAAAAAAUGCUCCAAACCUGGCCUUCACUGUCUGGUGCAGUGAAGAAACUGAAAUGAUGCAAAACACAAACGAAAAUGAAAGCCCAGAGACAUCAGCACAUCCAGAGAGAGGACUGGUCCAUAUCUGGCAGUCUGUGGGUUCUGGUGGUCAGCAGCUGUGUCCAGAAAAAGUGCUGCUUCCCAUACCUGUUCUGCAGGUGUCCCUUGGAGAACAUCAUGGACUGCUACUAACACUGGGUGGUCAUGUUUAUUCCUUUGGAGAGCUGUUGUGGCGGGACGUGAGUGUCCCAGUCUCUGCUCCAUUGCUAGAAAAGACCCUAGUGGGGAAGACCAUGGUGCGUGUGGCUGCCGGGGGCUUCCACUGUGGAGCGCUGUGUGAGCAGGGCUACGUGUACAUGUGGGGGGAGAACACUGCAGGACAGUGUGGGCUGUCAGAGCAGGGCUCUGUUACAAAUGUCACAGUUCCAGAGCCGUGUUUAGUCAGUGUUGUGGACAACGAGGUUGUUCCACCAGCAGUGGUUCGUGUUGUGAAUCUGGCCUGUGGACGGGAGCACAGUCUGGCCUUGUCAACACAGAAUGAAGUGUGGGCCUGGGGCAGCGGGUGUCAACUCGGACUGGUCACGAACAGUUUCCCUGUGUGGAAACCACAGAAGGUGGAGCACUUGGCUGGCAGACAUGUCAUUCAGGUGGCCUGUGGCGCCUAUCACAGCUUGGCACUGGUCCGCACUUUACCUACUCAGAACAACAAUACCCAGAAUACAUCAGAGAAGGAGGGGGCUCCGCCACCACAAUACUCACUGACUGAAACAGAGGAGCUGUGUACAAUAGAUGAUGCUCACUACUGUCCACUGGGAGUGGAGCUCACCGAGAGCCUGACAAGUGAGUCCUCCUCCCAGAGGAGAAGCCCCAGACACAAGCUCCACCUUGGUAGGAGGUCAGCUGGCAGUAGCCCUGGCUCUGGAUCUGGGUCAUGCCCACUUUUGGAUGUCAAAGCGGUCUCUCAACGGAAGGAUCUUUUAGAAAGCACCAGUUGUGAGUCUGAUGGGAACAACGACUCCCUAUCUCAACCAGACAGUCGGCUGAAGUCUGAGUCAGGUUCCUGCUGGAAGGUCAACAAGAGGUCAGCUCUCUGUGAUGAGAUGGAGCUCCACAACCUCCUCCAAAAACUCUCUGGACAUUCAUUAGAGCUGCAUGAAAACUCUGUACCAGGAGAUACGGACUCACUGAGCAGUCACACUUCAGAUGACAGCUGUGUUUCCUCCACUGUCUCAAGUUACAGAGACGAUUCUUCUGUUAAGAGUCAAACUACAAACGCUGGUGCAGUGCCUGGCUGUUAUUCCUCCUCCCCCGUGUGCUUGGAAGAAGUGCGCGUUUGUCUGGAGGCGGAGAAAGCAACGGUGCGGGGUCAGAAGAGCUCCAGCCAGAGUGGAACAAAGGCGGGAAAUAGGAGACGCUCAUUGCCUGGAACACCCAACCAUGGAUCCCCGAGACGUCGGCGAUCUUGUGCCCGCAGACCAUCCUCCUCCGGUCGGACUGCAACACCAGAGGAGACUAGAGAUGAGUUACCCUCUCUGGAGACAGAAGUGUGGAGCUGGGGCCGUGGCUCCGAGGGGCAAUUGGGACAUGGAGACCAGCUCGCUAGACUCCAGCCUCUGUGUGUCAAGUCUUUGACUGGAAAGGAAGUGACCAGAGUUGCUGCAGGGUCUCACCAUUCUCUGGCCCUCACUGCUCAGUGCAAAGUGUUUUCCUGGGGGAGCAACAUGUGUGGUCAGCUGGGCCAUGUCAACAGUCCAGUCACUGUUCCUCAGGAGGUGAAGCUGUCCGAGGGUCUUCAGGUUUGGGACGUGUCAGCCGGACAGAGCCACUCCCUGCUGCUGGCGGAUGGAGACUCUGUCCAGCCGGUCUUGUUGUACUGUGGUCAGCAUCAACAGCCAACGCCAGUGCACAACAAGAAGCCACACCAGAGUCAAAGGUCAUCCCAGAGGUCGCCUAGAAGGGCUGAGAGCUAUACAGUCAGGCCCAUCCAGCUGCCAGUGUACAUGGAGAUGAGUUAUUUUAGCACCGUGUGCUGUGGUGGUCAGAACUGUGCAGUACUGGCAGACCAGAACGUCAUGGGCUUCAUCUCCACUAUCCACGAGCUAGCGUCCAGAGAAAGACGAUUCUAUUGUUGGUUGAGUGACAUCAGGAGCCUUCUGCUCACGCCCACGCGCAACAAGGAGACUUCAUGCUCGUCCUUAGGUGAACUGUGGACUCAUCUCUUCAUCUCUCUUUGUGAGACUUUUAAUCGUCUGAGCAUUCUGAUUGGUCGUCACUCCACCUUACUGAGCUAUUUCCUCCAUGAUGUGCAGAGCCAUGACAUCACUUCCCUCCUUCAUCUGACACACAUCGAUGAAUUUCUAGAAGUUUACAAGGAGUACUGUUCUGCAUUGGGUAACUUUCAGGUGAUGAAUGGAUUCCAGUUACUUCACAAACUCUCACUUGAGGUGUUGGGUUCUAAGCAGACCACACUUGCCAGGCUGUGUGUUCCGGACCAGUCUGCCACUGGUGAUGUUGAUCUAGUUACACUGCUGUACUGGCCUCUGCAGCAGCCCCGACAGUACAACCGACUCUUGCUUAAACUGGCUGCAUGCUACGAUGUGUUAACAACAGAGUACGAGUCUCUGCAUCAGGCCAGCGUUCAGUACGAGUCCCUGUCUUUGUUCCUAAUGAAGAAGAAGAAAGAAGCUGAAACCACAUUCCUCUUCUGGAAAAGCCACUCGGGAAAAUAUACUGAGGAGCUGCGUCUCCCGCAGCGCCGCGUUGUGUGUGAAAGCAGCAACAGAUCACUCACCCUGCAGAACGCCAGGCGCUUCUCCAACCACUGGUUCAUACUCUUCAAUGAUGCACUGGUACACACGCAGGGUGCCAUUCCCUCUCAGACUUUUUUUUCGACACAUCACAUCUCUCCACUGACUUGUUUGUGGGUGAAACCAGUUACUGACGACAGCAGUGGACUCCACGCUAUAAAAAUUACAUGUCCAGAGGAGAGUUUCACUAUUGUGGCCUCGUCACCACAGGAGAAGAACAAGUGGUUGAGAGCUCUAAACCAGGCAGUGGAUCAGGUGCUGGGUGGUGGAGCCCAGGGAUCGUCACCUGGUAUGAUGGGUGUGUCUCGCACUGCGUCCUACACAUUCAGUGGAGAGGGUCGCUUUAAAGAGGCCCGCUACAUCGGGGGCUGGCUGGCAGGACGAGUUCAUGGCAGGGGAAUUAUGAAGUGGCCAAAUGGACAGACUUACACUGGAAACUUCAAGAAUGGACUGGAGGAUGGUUACGGGGAGGUUGUUAUACCUAAUAAGGAACAGAAUCAACCAGACAUUUACCAAGGACAGUGGCGAGAGGGCAGGAUUCAUGGUUUUGGCAAAUACAGAUGUAGCUCUGCUCAAUCCCUCAGAUACGCCAGUGGUGAGGUGUACGAGGGCUGUUUCUGUGACGGACAGCGACAUGGUUAUGGCAUGCUGAGCUCUGGUAAACAGACCAGGACUUCAGCUAGUGUCUUCAUUGGAGAAUGGGUCCAGGACAGGAAGACAGGAUAUGGAGUGUAUGAUGACAUCACCAGGGUGUUGGGCUUUUGGUUUGUGAUGACGAUACUGUUUUCCACGGGGAGUUUUCUGAUGACUGGACAGUCAACGGAAAGGUUUUUUCUCUAUCUUUUGAUCCAUGUGCUCGACACAUAUCUGAAUAUUAAUAGUUUUGUUAUCAUGUUAAACUACUGGUCAUUUUCUCUGUGUGUUUCUCUGUUUAUGUUUCUCUGCUCCCACACCUCCUCUACACUUCAGGGUGUACUGUCUCUUGUGAACGGGGAUUGUCUAGACGGCCUGUUCAGUGGAGAGUGGAACACAGGGCUGAAAGUGGUUGCGACAUAUAGUAAACCAGCUGUGGAUGAACCUGACAACAAAGACAGGAACCGCCUGUUCAGGACAGGUCAGUACUUGUCGGACACAGGCCACAGGUGGGGCUCUGUGUUUAGUGAAUGCUGGCGCCGACUGGGCUGUGAUGCAAACGGAAGAGGAGAGAGGACGACAGCCUGGGAGAACAUCGCUGUCACGAUAACAAAUGCACGACGACGCAGCAUAAACCUCAGUAGAUCUCAAAGCAAAGUUCUGGAGUGUCUGGAGUUGAUUCCCCAUCACGCAGAAGCUGUCACUACUGCAAACUAUAAUAACAUACGACGCUAUCUCAUCAAGGCCUGUGAGACCCCCAUCCACCCUCUGGGCUGGCUAGUGGAGACGUUGGUGACUGUAUACAGAAUGACAUACGUUGGUGUGGGGUCUAAUCGCAGGCUGCUCAGACAGGCGGUCCAAGAAGUCCAGGCCUACCUCAGCCAUUACUUCAACAUUGUCCGGUUUCUAUUUCCUGGGUUACCAGAAGAUGGCGGUGUCCUACCAGAUCCCCCUGCCUCCCUGUCCAAAAGUAGACACAACUCCAACACAGAAGAGCAGGGUUUUCUCUCCUCCUGCCUCUUGUCCUCCAGUGUUGUGGUGGUGAGCUGCUCCUCUCUGCUGCUCCCUCUGCUCCUCCCUCGCCUCUACCCUCCUCUCUUUACCCUCUACUGCCUGCAGGAGGAGCAGAAAGAGUACUGGGAAUGCGUCCUCCAACUGAACAGACAGCCUGACCAGUCACUGCUCAGUUUUUUGGGGGUGCAAAAGAAGUUCUGGCCAGUGUUGAUAUCAGUUUUUGGAGAAACAAAACAGAUUGUAUCCAGUAGUGAAGAUGCCUGCUACGUCUCUGCCGUGGAGACACUCCAGCAAAUCAGCACCACCUUCACCCCUUCAGACAAACUCAUGGUGAUCCAGAAAACCUUUGAGGAGUUGACCCAGGAAGUAAAACCUUUGGUGGCGGAUGAUUUCCUGUGGUCCAUGGAUGACCUGCUGCCACUCUUUCUCUAUGUGGUUCUGAGAGCAAGGAUUAGGAACUUGGGAGCUGAAAUCAGUUUAAUUGAAGACCUGAUGGAUUCAAACGUUCAGCAUGGGGAGAUGGGACUCAUGUUUACAACACUGAAGGCCUGUUAUAUCCAGAUCCUGCAAGAGUCGAGUUCAUAAGCACAGCAGACGGAGGGGUCAGUGUUUCACCUCAGUUACACACAGGAAAUGACGUCUCACUUGUUGGCCAACGCUUUUGCCCUCCUCUGGACAUUUCAGGGAACCUGUUAUCGUUGUUACAUUAACAGGUCACUAUGUUACUUUGAAAUAUCUGAGAUUUUUUAAAUUAUUUUGCAGUGUUUGCCUGGAAUGCAGUUGACUUGAUUUUAAAGAAACAAGAAAAAACAUCUCAGUAAAAAAAAACAAACGUUCUUUUUGUUGCUCACUUGUGUGAUCAAAAGGAAAAAUCUGAAAGGAUUACGACACAAAUAUGAUUAUAUCAAAAGGGAAACUUGAUUUUUAUAGUAAUUACUACUUUUUUCUAACAAUCUUCAGGAUAAUAUGACUCUGGUAAUCAGAAAAAAGGAACAUCAUUUAUACAUAACUAUAAGUUAAACAUAGAAAAAUUUAUUUGAAAUUCAUACUUGCAACAGGCCCGACAAGUCUGGUCCGACUUAAAUUGACGCCAGGUUCAGAACAGUUCGUAUUGAUUUAAAGAUCUCAGUUUUUGAACCUUUUCAGCCUGAACCUUCCACAAUGCCUUACAGGUCUGAAUUCUUUUUUUCCUGCUUUGUGAAGUUGUGUUUGGUAAAUGCUCCUUUUAUACCUAAUCUUCAUUCUUGAACUUGGGAGCUGUUUAACAUUCUUCAUUGUUACUAGUUUGACUCCUGUCACAAAUUAUUUGUAGUGUUUUUCAGGCAUGAUUUUCUAAUUCUUUCUUUUACCCUAGAUUUUUAGAACAAUAAUUUACUAGUGUUUUUCAGCCUGUGAACCAGGAAAGAUUUGGAAUUAUUUAAAAAAGUCAGGGACAAACAAUAGGACCAGGAUCAAAUCAGUGACCAUGUUCCUGUAAGGCAAUGUCGGUAAUGAUUUUCUUUGAAGUUACCAUCAUAUGGCAGACAAGUGUCACAGAUCUCACAGUUGAAUGAGUUGUUUCCUAAUUUUGGUUCAGAAUCAUCCCUGUGGGGACACUUUUUCACAUCCCCACAACCAUUUUACUACAUUUCUAAAUAUGAACAAACGUAAUAAGGAUCAUGUAAAAGUUGCAAUAAUGUUUUUCUAAUAAGAGUAAUUGGGAAGUUUUUUUUAUAGUUGUAUUAGUGCAUGAAAGCACAUGGAGAAUGUCCACACUAGAAACUAUGUUGUGAUGUCUGUUUGCAUAUUGAACUCUAAGUUGUACCCAACCUAACUACCCAAUUAUACUUUGAUGUGUUUAAAAAAAAGUCCUGUACUUCAACAUGUUUCAAAACAUAUUUUUACUCAACUAUAGCACUUUACAUAUACAUAUACAAACUAUUGUGUAGUUCUGUGAGUGUUUUAGCUCAGUAUUAUGAAUAAUGAACUAUUUUUGUACUGCUGGGCCACAAAUGAUAUAGAUGUCUGUAAAAAGAAAAGAAAAACAAAAAUAGUUUUUAGAGUCAUCUUCCAACCUAAGCUAAUGCUGUUGACAACAUAACAUAACAUCUGAUGCACAGUAUUUUGGGAUGUAAACAUUUUUAAAUACACUGUAGAUUAUUGAAUACAUUACAUAGAUUUAUUUAAGGUGUGAAUUUAAUUAAAAUGUUUGGAGACAUGAUAUCCAGACUGUACAGCUUUUACACUAUCUCCACCUUUUCUCUGGUGUCAGACCGUAGAUGGCUUUUGCAAAGCUACAUCACUGUUUCUCUUCUACUUCCUGCUUUAACUGUCCUUUUCUUUUCAAAUUCCUGCAAUAUACAUUCUUAAAUAUUGUCAUCUGUUACAGUAUGCACCUUUGUACUGUUAAUGUUACUGUUUUUUGUGUCAUAACUUAGAAUAUCUGCACUGUUUGAAGUGGAAAUUGCUUACAGUUAGGGAUAGACAACAAAACAACUGUUGGGUUAAAGACAAAAUCCUUUUAGUCUCCAUUUGUAGCAUUUAAAACGUGUCAGAUCAUUUAAAAAUGCAUUUACAUAACAUUCUGAAAUGUAAUAUUAUAAAUAUGAAUCAUUGAUUUAAAAGGCUGUUGGCCUCUGUCUAAACUACUACAGAACAAAAUAAAGACAUCAAAAAAUG